AUGUCUUCUUCUCAUCGGCUUUCCAUCCAUCCUUUGGUAUUACGGACCACUCCAGGGCACAACGAUACCCUACCCGAGACCGCCAUGAGCAUACCAGAGGCAUCUUCUGAGCUCAUAAAAACAACUACGGCCAAGCGCGCAACGUGUCGGAAGUACUCAACUUUUGCCAGUGCGAGAUUGCGCAUUGCAGUCGUUACCGCACAUUUUGGUGAGCAUAAAGAGCACUACGAGAUGGUGCGUCAAACGCACCUUCUUCACGCUUUAGUCCACGGCACAGAGGUCAGGGUCAUGUGGGAUCCUAUUGUUGACGACCUGUGGAACAAGCCUGCGUUUAUCUUAGAGCUCCUCAUGCGCGAGAUGGUGAAACCAGAGAAGGAGCGGCUUGAAUGGAUCCAAUGGGUAGACCGUGAUACCCUUGUCCUGGACCAAUGCCGCCCUAUAUCGAGUUUCCUUCCCCCAGAGGAGACGCGCUCCAAUCCGGGGUGGUAUCGCGACGACCGAACCAAACAAGUGCAUCCAAACACAACGAAUCUCCAUUAUAUUCUUGAUACUGACCAAUUCACACAUGAAACAAGAUACAUACCCGAGCAUCGGCUCAAUGCGUAUGGCGAGGGCGGAGCACCAUUGUUUGAGGAGCGACAGGAUACCGAAGGGUUACAAGAGGGUAGUGCUAGGAGAGGUGGCUAUUUAGUGCACUUUGCAAGGCAUGGGCACAAGGGUGAAGCCAUCAGAGAAUGGACCGGCAUGCUCGGUAGGCUUGGAGAUGUUUGGAAGGAGAAGAAGGUGCCGAGAGAUGUGUCACCAGGCAUUGAGGCUUUCUGGGCGAACCUUGGCUAUGCGAGAUAG